AUGGCAGAAAACAAGCUUGAGCAGCGGUUUGAGAACGAUUAUUUCACGAUGGGCGAUGUCAACCCGUAUGAAGUUCUGACCACUAAUAUGAAUUCCAUUGGAGAUUUUGAAGAGCAUACAUGCAGAAAACCAAAACGGACGAAUACUUCGAAGAUUUGUGUUAAAUCACUUGUCAUCUUCGUCGUCCUUGUUUUAGUCAUCGGCUGUACAACGAUGACUGUUUUAUAUCUUCAGGAAAGAAAUAAAAGUCGAGAUGAAAAUGACGACGCCCACAAGAUCGGUCGUAAUGCAAAUACUCAUGGUCAGGACCAGAAAACUGUGGUUUGCCCUAAUGAACCCUUUAAAGGAAUGAAUUAUACUACAGCAGGAAAAACAGGGGAAACUAAUGGUCAGAAUCAAAAAACAGUGGUUUGCCCUAAUGACCCCUUUAAAGGAAUGAAUUAUACUACAGCAGGAAAAACAGGUAUCGACUAUCUGUUUACUUUACCUACUGCUGAAUGA